AUGGCGAAUUCUCAGCCCAUGAAUGGGGCCACUCCCGACCCCAUCCUCUCAGAGAUCCUCGCGACCCUCAAGAGCCUAGAUGCCAAUAUGGAGUCCCUCCAGAGUAGAUUCGAGACCGCUCAGUCGGUCAACCAACUACGCGGCGUUCCUCAGUCUCGGACGAACCUCUCUCCCAGCUUGGAUCCCAUCCAGUUGGGCAAAUCCGCAAGCGGCGCCUCUUCUCCUCCGACGGACUCCAGCCUGGCUCCUAAGGCGCCUUCAUCACCUACGAGCUCUGCGAGGAAAUCAUCCGUCACCUCGCGAAUCAUCCUUACUACCUACCCAGGCCAAUCGGGAAUCGACCCCAUUCCUCUCGAAUGGGGAGAACCGAAUCCCAUCAAACGUGGUCCUGUCGUGGUUAGUCGCCACCACAACACCAUCCGUCGCCGCAACGCCAUCGGUGCCCACGGCGGGUCCUAUAGCAUAUACCACGCCCUUGCCGUAGCGAGCAACAAUCUGGACCUAGAGCACAAACCGGACUUUACCAACACCGAACCGGCCGCGAACAUCGGACCGUUUCCAGCGUGGGGCGACAGGAAGAAGAUUGUCGCCAUGGACCCUUUUGGUCAUCUGGCGCCCUGGCUAUACAAAGACCUCAUGCAGUCCCAGGACAUCGACAUCCGCCCCACCAUUGCCGUGACUAAGGCGCACAUGAAGAUCCCGGAGUUCGAACAAUCCGUCAGGGCCGGCCGCCUGAAACCGGAUGGGCGGAUCUGCCUCAACGAGACUGGAGAAUUGAACGUGACCAAAUUCGCGGUCGAGCCCGUCUGGUAUCUCCCCGGGGUGGCGGAGCGGUUUGGGAUCCAGGAAAGCGCACUGCGACGGGCGCUCUUCGAACACACGGGCGGUUCCUAUCCCGAGCUGGUGACGCGGAACGACAUCAAGGUGUUCCUGCCCCCGAUCGGCGGGCUCACGGUGUACUGCUUCGGCGACCCGGCCAAGAUGGCAGAUCCCAACGUGCGGCUGGCGCUGCGGGUCCACGACGAGUGCAAUGGCAGCGACGUGUUCGGGUCCGACAUCUGCACGUGCCGGCCGUACCUGAUCUUCGGGAUCGAGGAGGCCGUCAAGGAGGCCCAGAAGGGCGGCUCGGGCGUCGUCAUCUACUUCCGCAAGGAGGGCCGCGCCCUGGGCGAGGUCACAAAGUACCUGGUCUACAACGCUCGCAAGCGCGGCGCCGACCGGGCCAGCGAGUACUUCAAGCGCACCGAGAACAUCGCGGGCGUCAAGGACAUGCGCUUCCAGGCCCUCAUGCCCGACAUCCUGCACUGGCUAGGCAUCACAAAGAUCGACCGCAUGCUGUCCAUGUCCAACAUGAAGCACGACGCCAUUGUCGAGCAGGGCAUCCCCAUCCUCGAGCGCGUUCCCAUCCCCGACGACAUGAUCCCCGAGGACUCGCGCGUCGAGAUCGACGCAAAGAUCCACGCCGGCUACUUCACCACCGGCAAGGUCAUGUCCAUCGACGAGCUCAACGCCGUCCAGGGGAGGAGCUGGGAUGAUAUCGAGCAUUAG